AUGGAUGCAUUGUUAACAAAGUUUAAUGAGAAUAGGAAUUUACAAAAUGAAGAUCCGUCUCAACCGCUAAAAAGGAUAAAAAUUGUCGAUGAUAACCUUCACAACCGAUCGAACCCAUUCCAACUAAAUUAUAAAAAACGUGACUACGGCUCUCAAUACUACCACAUUUAUCAGUACCGCUUAAAGACCUUCAGAGUACGUGUUUUGAAAGAAUGUAAUAAGAGAUGGGAUGCGGGUUUCACCUUGAAUGGACAACUAGUCCUAAAGAAAGAUAAAGUGUUAGAUAUUCAAGGAAACCAACCAUGUUGGUGCGUGGGAUCUAUAUAUUGUGAAAUGAAGUACAAACCAAAUGUACUGGAUGAGGUAAUCAAUGACACUUAUGGUGCACCGGACUUAACAAAAAGUUAUACAGAUAAAGAGGGCGGUUCUGAUGAAAUUAUGCUAGAAGAUGAAAGUGGGAGAGUUCUUCUAGUGGGUGAUUUUAUCCGGUCCACACCUUUCAUUACGGGUGUCGUUGUGGGUAUACUAGGUAUGGAAGCUGAAGCCGGAACGUUCCAGGUUUUAGAUAUAUGUUAUCCUACUCCCUUACUACAGAAUCCUUUACCUCCGCAAAAUGUUACUUCCCAUUCCAAGGGAAAAAUUGCUCUUGUCUCUGGAUUGAAUCUCAACAAUACAUCGCCCGAUAGAAUAUUACGAUUAGAGAUUUUGAGAGAGUUUUUGAUGGGAAGAAUUAGUAACAAAAUCGACGACCUUUCUCAGAUUGGUAGACUGCUAAUAUGUGGUAAUUCUAUUGACUUCGACAUCAGAAGUGUAACUAAGGAUGAACUUAUGACUUCUCUAACUACGUUUAGUAAGUUUUUACACAAUAUUUUGCCCUCUAUACCCGUUGAUAUGAUGCCUGGCACCAACGAUCCAAGUGACAAAUCUCUUCCUCAACAACCAUUCCACAAAUCAUUAUUCGACAAAUCAUUAGAGUCCUACUUCGAUGACUCUAAUAAAGAAGUUUUGAAUUUAGUAACCAAUCCUUAUGAGUUUAGUUAUGACGGUUUAGACGUUUUGGCCAUUUCAGGUAAAAAUAUCAACGAUAUUUGUAAGUACAUUAUACCAUCAAAUGAUAAUGUUGAAAAUGAACGCGAAAUUGUGCAAGACGAGAAUGAUGAUUUCAAAGACGACAUAGAACAUCGAAUGGAUCUUAUGGAAUGUACCAUGAAGUGGCAAAACAUCGCACCCACCGCGCCUGAUACCUUAUGGUGCUAUCCAUAUGCUGACAAAGACCCAUUCGUGUUAGAAAAGUGGCCCCAUGUUUACAUUGUAGCCAACCAGCCGUACUUUGGAACAAGACUGGUGGAAAUAGGCGGUAAGAACAUUAGGAUAAUAUCUGUACCUGAGUUCAGUUCUACUGGGAUGAUGGUAUUACUAGAUUUGGAAACGUUAGAAGUAGAGACAGUUAAAAUUGACAUUUGA